CGAAACGUUAGAAAAAGUUUAACUUUUCCAUUGAUUGAGAUACUAUAAAAUAUAUUAUUUUUUUAAAAUCAACAUUAAUUUGUUUCGUUUCUUAAACUUUUUCACGCUCACAGUUACGUGCAUCACUUACUAAAGCGUUCCGGAAAAGAGCGAAAAGUAACAUUCGCUCAAAUAAUUCAGAAAUUUCAAUGAAUGACAGUAGUAAUACAAGUCUACAAUCUACUCAAUAUGAUCAAGUCACUAUGAAUAAUCAUAAGUCACAAUAUGAACAACAAUUGGAUAGAUUAUAUUUGCUGGUUAGUCGAAUGCGUUGGCAAAUGGAUUUACUUGAAGCUAGAAAUAAAAAACUACAAGAGAUUAUAUUAAAAUAUGACACAAACGAAAUGCUACGCAAUGAAUUGUACACAGUGAAAUCAGAGAAGAAAAUUUCUCUCUACGAUUUAUCAACUCAAUAUUGUCAAAGUUCAAGUCAAUUUGUCCAAGUAUUUGUUCAUACUGAGAGUGUAUAUCAAAGAAAUUUAAAUAAAACUCCAAACAUGAGUCAAUGUGGUAAUCAAUCAGUUACUAACGCUAACUCUACAGAUACACCAUUAAACUGUAUCCGAUCAUUUAAGAUUGGUUGGACCGGAUUGCUGGAUGAAAUGUCCUGGCAAGAAUUAGAUGAACGACUUCAAAAGUUACUUCAG